AUGGGAGCUCUGUUUUCAUGCUAUUUCACUCUAUUAAAUCUUGGAACUGCACUCUUCUGGUCCAUGUUUGUUACGGCUUGAGCUGAGCUUUUGCUCGCCGCCCGUCCACCACUGCUGUUUGCCGCCACCGCAGACCCGCCGCUGACUCCCAUCCCUCCGGAUCCAGCAGGGUGUCCGCCGUGCUCCUGAUCCAGCGAGGCGCCCAUUGCCACUCCCGAUCAAGCUAAAGGCUUGCCAUUGUUCCUGCACAGCUAAGUGCCCAGGUUCGUCCUAAUUGAGCUGAACACUAGCCACUGGGUUCCAUGGUUCUCUUCCAUGACCCACAGCUUCUAAGAGAGCUAUAACACUAACUGCAUGGCCCAAGAUUCCAUUCCUUGGAAUCCGUGAGGCCAAGAACCCCAGGUCAGAGAACACGAGGCUUGCCACAAUCUUGGAAGCGGCCUGCUACCAUCUUGGAAGUGGCUCGCCACCAUCUUGGGAGCUCUGUGAGCAAGAACCCCCCGGUAACAUUUUGGCAACCACGAACGGACAUCCAAAGCGAUACAUCCUGGGAAGGACCCUACCCAGUCAUUUUAUCUACCCCAACCGCGGUUAAAGUGGCUGGAGUGGAGUCUUGGAUACAUCACACUCGAGUCAAACCCUGGAUACUGCCAAAGGAACCCGAAAAUCCAGGAGACAACGCUAGCUAUUCCUGUGAACCUCUAGAGGAUUUGUGCCUGCUCUUCAAACGACAACCAGGAGGAAAGUAACUAAAAUCAUAAAUCCCCAUGGCCCUCCCUUAUCAUAUUUUUCUCUUUACUGUUCUCUUACCCUCUUUCACUCUCACUGCACCCCCUCCAUGCCGCUGUAUGACCAGUAGCUCCCCUUACCAAGAGUUUCUAUGGAGAAUGCAGCGUCCUGGAAAUAUUGAUGCCCCAUCGUAUAGGAGUUUUUCUAAGGGAACCCCCACCUUCACUGCCCACACCCAUAUGCCCCGCAACUGCUAUAACUCUGCCACUCUUUGCAUGCAUGCAAAUACUCAGUAUUGGACAGGAAAAAUGAUUAAUCCUAGUUGUCCUGGAGGACUUGGAGUCACUGUCUGUUGGACUUACUUCACCCAUACUGGUAUGUCUGAUAGGGGUGGAGUUCAAAAUCAGGCAAGAGAAAAACAUGUAAAAGAAGUAAUCUCCCAACUGACCCAGGUACAUAGCACCUCUAGCCCCUACAAAGGACUAGAUCUCUCAAAACUACAUGAAACCCUCCAUACCCAUACUCGCCUGGUAAGCCUAUUUAAUACCACACUCACUGGGCUCCAUGAGGUCUCGGCCCAAAACCCUACUAACUGUUGGAUGUGCCUCCCCCUGGACUUCAGGCCAUAUGUUUCAAUCCCUGUACCUGAACAAUGGAACAACUUCAGCACAGAAAUAAAUACCACUUCCGUUUUAGCAGGACCUCUUGUUUCCAAUCUGGAAAUAACCCAUACCUCAAACCUCACCUGUGUAAAAUUUAGCAAUACUACAGACACAACCAACUCCCAAUGCAUCAGGUGGGUAACUCCUCCCACACGAAUAUUCUGCCUACCCUCAGGAAUAUUUUUUGUCUGUGGUACCUCAGCCUAUCGUUGUUUGAAUGGCUCUUCAGAAUCUAUGUGCUUCCUCUCAUUCUUAGUGCCCCCUAUGACCAUCUACACUGAACAAGAUUUAUACAAUUAUGUCGUAUCUAAGCCCCGCAACAAAAGAGUACCCAUUCUUCCUUUUGUUAUGGGAGCAGGAGUGCUAGGUGCACUAGGUACUGGCAUUGGCAGUAUCACAACCUCUACUCAGUUCUACUACAAACUAUCUCGAGAACUAAAUGGUGACAUGGAACGGGUCGCCGACUCCCUGGUCACCUUGCAAGAUCAACUUAACUCCCUAGCAGCAGUAGUCCUUCAAAAUCGAAGAGCUUUAGACUUGCUAACCGCCGAAAGAGGGGGAACCUGUUUAUUUUUAGGGGAAGAAUGCUGUUAUUAUGUUAAUCAAUCCGGAAUCGUCACUGAGAAAGUUAAAGAAAUUCGAGAUCGAAUACAACGUAGAGCAGAGGAGCUUCGAAACAUUGGACCCUGGGGCCUCCUCAGCCAAUGGAUGCCCUGGAUUCUCCCCUUCUUAGGACCUCUAGCAGCUAUAAUAUUGCUGCUCCUCUUUGGACCCUGUAUCUUUAACCUCCUUGUUAACUUUGUCUCUUCCAGAAUUGAAGCUAUAAAACUACAAAUGGAGCCCAAGAUAGAGUCCAAGACUAAGACCUACCGCAGAUCCCUGGACUGGCCUGCUAGCCCACGAUCUGAUGUUAACGACGUCGAAGGCAUCCCUCCUGAGGAAAUCUCAACUGCACAACCUCUACUACGCCCCAAUUCAGCAGGAAGCAGUUAGAGCGGUCGUCGGCCAACCUCCCCAACAGCACUUAGGUUUUCCUGUUGAGAGGGGGGACUGAGAGACAGGACUAGCUGGAUUUCCUAGGCCUACUAAGAAUCCCUAAGUCUAGCUGGGAAGGUGACCACAUCCACCUUUAAACACGGGGCUUGCAACUUAGCUCACACCUGACCAAUCAGAGAGCUCACUAAAAUGCUAAUUAGGCAAAAACAGGAGGUAAAUAAAUAGCCAAUCAUCUAUUGCCUGAGAGCACAGCAGGAGGGACAACGAACAGGAUAUAAACCCAGGCAUUUGAGCCGGCAACGGCAACCCCCUUUGGGUCCCCUCCCUUUGUAUAGGAGCUCUGUUUUCACACUAUUUCACUCUAUUAAAUCUUGCAACUGCA